UUAAGUUACCAGGGCUAUGCAAGACUACGUCCAGAGAUGAGGCUGAGCAUGAUUGUCUUUUAAUGUGUUUAUUGAUUUUUAGAGAGAGGGAGAAGAGAGAAACAUCAAUGAAGGAAACAGCAACGUGCAUCAGCUGCCUCCCGCACGCCCCCUGCUGGGGAGCUGAGCCCACAAUCCCAGGCAUGUGCCCUGACCAGAGUUCGGCCGAUACCUCUCAGUGUGUAUAUAGGUUGAUGCUCAACCACUGAGCAACACAGGCCAGCUGUGUGUUUUUAAUUCUCACCCAAGGAUAUUUUUUCCAUUGAUUUCUAAAGAGAAUGGAAAGACGGGAGUGGGGGGGAGAGAGAAUCAUGGAUGUGAGAGAGACAUCCAUUGGCUGCCUCCCGCACCCGCCCUACCAGGCUGGGGAACCUGCAGCCCACGUACAUGCCCUUGACCAGGAAUCAAACCUGCGGCCCUUCGUCCACGGGACGACACUAGCCACUGAGCCAAACUGGCCGGGCUCGUUUUCACUCCACCCACAUUCUGAUCCUCGGGUGACCACACCUCCACGGAACUGGUUUCUCAUGCCGUCUCCCGACACGUGCCUCCUCAUGGGCAGCAUCCUGUUCGGCUGAAGUUCCCACAAGUCCAGCCCGGGGCCGGCUUGGCCCGUCCCAGGGAGUGCUUUGUCAGUGACGUGGACGAACCGGGAAGGAUUUCCUGCGUCUGAGACGCACGGAAACGCCUGCCCUGGGCAUUUACAAAGAAACGGGCCUUUUUCCUGAAGCCGUGCUAACAGCUGGCGGACCCGGGAAGACCAGCAGGCUCCCCCGGAAGAAUGAGAUCCGUACCCCAAUGCAAAGCCCUGCCAACGCAUGUGUGAGUCUUGAUGUUGUCAGACAUUCAUUCUGCGCCAAACAUCUUCAAUUCAAAAAACCUGAACUCUCAAGACAAAAUGCCGAAGGUCGCAGGAGCAGGCGGGGGCUGGCGGAGUCCUCGGGAGCUGAGUACAUCGCGGUGCACGUGGUGCCGGACCAGCUCAUGACUUUCGGCGGCUCCAGCGAGCCCUGCGCGCUCUGCAGCCUGCACAGCAUCGGCAAGAUCGGCGGCCCGCAGAACCGCUCCUACAGCAAGCUGCUGUGCGGCCUCCUGGCCGAGCGCCUGCGCGUCAGCCCGGACAGGAUCUACAUCAACUACUACGACAUGAACGCGGCCAACGUGGGCUGGAACGGCUCCACCUUCGCCUGAGGGCCCCGCCGCCCCAGCCCAUCAGCCCCCGACCCCGCCGGCAGCAUGUUCCCGCUCCCAGCGACCCCCACCUCCGGGUCGGGAGAAAUAAACGGUUUGGAAACCA